CGUCGCUCCUCGCUUUGUCGCUGUACGCGAAACCGAGACAUUCAUGAACAGGAAGAGAAACGCGUCGUUGCUGUUGGAUGACAGAUGCUGGAGGGAGAUUUUAAACUGACUUUCGAAAAUGUUAGUGGUAAUCUAUUGCUUGCUUCGUACAAUGCACCGAUACAACUAAAUGUGAAUAGCAUUCCAAUGUUGGAAUGUUGCCUUGAGGACGACCCACAAUUCUCAGGAAGCUCGUGACAGGAUAUAUACAUCUGCUGCUAAUCGUACGUUCCCUACGCUUCAAACCACUCCAGCCUUCAGCCCGCCUCCAACGGCUCCAACACUGUACCGCAUUGCUGAGUGGUUGUUGACUGUGUUCUGCCUCACUGAGACACGAACAGAACUAACCAGUCGGCACUCUGCACAGGCUUCCCAGUAUUGCCACCGUUCCAGCGGUUGCACCGGACCAGAACGGUUGGGGGCAUCGGCCCAAUGCAGAGAAACAUAUUGUAAAACUUCCAUUCAGUAACUGAUCUAUCUCCCGAUUGAGACUGGUUAUGGAGUUGACCCGAACCGAGCUGGAAAGUUCCGAUGCCCCGCAGUCUCUGAGACACGAGCGGAGCCUUGGGCUACUCACCACGAAGUUUGUUACUUUGCUACAGGAAGCAAAGGACGGGGUGCUUGACCUCAAAGUAGCAGCAGACACCCUCGCCGUCAGACAGAAAAGGCGCAUCUAUGACAUCACCAAUGUGCUGGAGGGCAUUGGCCUGAUCGAGAAGAAGUCCAAGAACAGUAUUCAGUGGAAGGGAGUUGGGCCUGGUUGUAACACCAGGGAGAUUGGUGACAGGCUGAUUGAACUGAAGUCAGAGCUGGAAGACCUGGAGAUGAGGGAGUGUGUUCUGGACCAGCAGAGGGUAUGGGUCCAGCAGAGCAUCAAGAACGUGACUGAAGACUCACACAACCUCCCUCUAGCCUACGUUAAGCAUGAAGAUAUCUGUGGCUGCUUCAAAGAUGACACCCUCUUAGCGGUGCGAGCUCCCUCUGGUACGCAGCUGGAUGUGCCCAUACCUGAAGCUGUCCAGAAUGAUCAGAGGAAGUAUCAGAUCCAUUUGAAGAGCACUAUUGGGCCUAUUGAUGUGCUGCUUAUCAACCAGGAUCCAGUUAACCGCGCCCCCAUGGUGUUGCCAGUCCCGCCCCCUGACAACAUGCUGCAGAACACCAAGGACGCUUCAGCAUCUGCAGACACAACCAGCGCUACUGACGCAACCACCCACGCAGCAUUCAAGACCACCAGGAAGCUUAAAUCAAACACAGCAGCUAAACCCUCAGGUACAUCCAGCACAGAAAUACCUAGUCAGAAAACCCCAUCAUUGGACAACCAGUCCCUUCAGUCUUCUGCUUCAUUGGACAACAACUCAACGGUCUGUGGACCAAUCAAAUCACAUUCAUCUGACCCACUGGAUUUCCCCAAAUACUUCUCUGACAUAUUUGACCCCACAAAAGAAAUUGUGAGUGCUGAUCUACUAGAGGAACUUAUGGCUUCAGAAGUGUUCUCUCCUCUCCUCCGCCUCUCUCCGCCCCCAGGGGACCAUGACUACAUCUAUAACCUGGAUGAGAGUGAGGGACUAUGUGACCUCUUCGAUGUUCCCAUCCUCAACCUUUGACAUAUCAACCCUGACAUCAAGCUCACAUUAAAAUCAUUUUCAAAGAGAAUAACAAGAAUAUAUAUGUAUUUACCAAUACUAACACAGAGAUGAAUUGUUCUAAUUUUGGAGUUUUGUAAUAUAAUCUGAAUUGAUAAAGAGUUUAAAUAAUUUUUAUAUUCUUUAUAUUUUGUUGUGUUCUGUUUAUUGACAGCUGAACUGCAAGUGUUAAGAGUUUAGCGCUUCCUAGAGCACUGCUCUCUCUCUUGGCUGCAGAUUUGAAAGAUUUAUAUCUUUAAUGAGUUCAUGGAAUAUAUUUUUAUCUUUGUUACUGAAGUGGCAGGUGAUGUGUUUGUAAAAAUGCUACAUUUUAGUAGAGAUCAUUUGAAUGAGUGAAUUACAGAUGUUUAAUAUGAUGCUCAAGAUCAAGCACCACACCGAAGAAUGCACUUGUGCACAUCUGAAACUGUUGCAUUAAAAGUUAUAUAAAUACCUUUAAAAUGUAGAAAAAGAAAGUAGAAGCUAUAAUCUCUUAACUAUUUGAUCCUUUCAAUGUCCAUUAUUUGCCAAGGGUAGGAAAAUACCAGUUGUAUCCUCUGUCCUCAUCAUUUCCUUCUCAAAAUCUAUUGGAUGAGAAUGCCAAAGGUCCCUCUGGUCUUCCUUCCAUGGGUUUUUGAGGAGAGGUGGUUUCAAGGAGUAUACAAUUGAGACCUUUCCUAAUAUAGCUGAGUUACAUGAGACUAGCCAAACCCCACAUUGGAAAGACCAAAAAUCCAGUUAAAGACGGUACCAAUCCUUAACUAUUAAUACCUUCUGAUGUCUUCUACGUUUUCCUCAGUGUGUGUGUACUGUGUAGGCAUUUGUUAUUAUGAGAGCAGUGCACCUAAAUAACAGUGAAUUUAAAAAAAUGGUAUCAAGGAAAGUACAUCAAUAUUUUGUCUGUCCCCUUUCAUUUUUUCAUCAGGGGCCAGUUUCAGCUAUGAUGUCUUUGUCAUUGAGAAUUGUAUUGAGAAUGUUGUCAUGCCAACCCUUAUAUAUUUGUAUUAUUUGUUUUUUAUGCAUUAAAUAAUGUUCAUUUUGUACAAACUGAUGAACUGUCUUAAGAAUCACCUGUGCAUCAUGUCCACAUAUCCCCACGUUAGCUAUGCCCUGGUGUGUGCAGGUCUGCAUGUAGCAGCACUUACUAAAUUCUGUAGUUGUUUCACCUAGCUUUUUUAUAAAUGUUUGGAUAAAAGCAUCUGCUAAAUGACUACACUGUAAAUGCACCUCUUUGUGUUUUAACUCAU